UAUUCCGGAAGUUGCUAACCGUCGUCUGUUGUUGCUAAGCAACUGUGUUGGCGUCUCCAAAUAGAUUUCCAGGAAGGUAAAAAACGGCUGCUGCCAUCAGAAGCGCUGGAAAAUGAACUGGCAACAGGAUGAACCUAAAGUAAUAGAUGAGGAGAUGCUACAACAAGCAAUUGAAGAGCAGGGACCCCAGGGACAAGCUGGAGAUAUAGCCAAGAAAGAGGGCAUCCAGUAUGAAGACGUGCUACAACUAAGACUAGACUACAGGAACAUCCUGAAGAUUUACCACCUCUGGCAUUUCACCACUAUAACAAAACUUCAGUUGGAUAAUAAUGUUAUUGAGAGAAUUGAAGGAUUAGAAAACCUCACUAAUUUGAUUUGGCUUGAUUUGUCAUUCAAUAAUAUUGAAGUGAUUGAAGGGCUGGACUCUCUUGUGAAACUUCAGGACUUGAGUUUGUUCAACAACCGCAUUUCUGUCAUUGAAAACCUGGAUACACUCCAAAACCUGCACAUCCUCUCUCUGGGAAACAAUGCAGUUGCACAACUUGAGAAUGUGUUAUACCUCAGGAAGUUUAAGAAUUUACGCACUCUCAAUCUUGCGGGAAACCCCAUCUGUGAUGAAGAAAAGUACAAAAUAUUUGUGACAGCGUAUCUUCCAGACUUGGUUUAUCUGGACUACAGACUGCUGGAUGAACAAAUGCGUGAAACUGCUAAUACAGAGUAUCAGUAUGCUAUAGAGGAAAUGCAACAAAAUGAGCUACAAAAUGAGCAGGCAAUGGAGGCUCAGAAGAUCAACAAUGAGGAGCUUCAACUACACAAGGACGCAUUCGUAGAGUUCUUGAAUGGACCUCAGCUCUUUGACAGCAUGUUUGCUGAUGAUCCUGAUGCGGAGAACCUGGCUCUCCUCCCUGGAAUCGAAGCGUUGCUGGAGUCAUUUAAGAGCAAAAUGGAGGCUCUAUGUGUGCAGAUAUUUGAUUUCGGUUUGACUCAGCAUGCUCAGAGAACGGCUGAGGUGGAAUCCUUUUUUACCUGUUCCCGGGAGGCAGUGACUGACAAUCAGCACAAAGCAGCACAAAUAGCAGCUGAGUUUGAAAGCUCCAGGAGGCAGAAGAUUGCUGAGAUGCAACAGAUCACGGACGCCGAGCUACUUGAAGCCGACAUCAGUUCCUGCCAGGAACAGGCCAAUCAGCUCUCUGAAACCCUCAUGAGUCUUGAACUGCAGCUGGUGGACCAAUUGGAGGAAAUCAUCAAAGACUUUGAGAGGAACGUCUCAGACAUGGUUGGAGGAUUCAUUGAAUAUGUGCAAGGGAUAUUUGCACAGUGCCGAGACCUGGAGAACCAGCACCAUGAACAACAGCUUGAGAUUGCCUUGGCAACACUGGAGAAGGUGGUCAAGAAUGAGCUAGAGGAGGAAAUCCCUGAGGAUGUGGCCAUGCUGUUGGUGGAUAAAGAUACAGUGACCAAUGCAGUUAGUGCUUCCCAUGACACACACCUACUGAAGAUUGAUAACAGGGAGGAUGAGCUACUGACACGGAUCAACAGCUGGAUGAGCGGACUGCUGAAAUCAAUACACGAUGAAGAGGUGACAAGGAAUCGCAAGCGCAUUUCAGAGAUCGAAAACUACAUUAGUUAUGUGACGGAUGAGCUGGAGGACAUGCGAUUGUCUGAGGACAAUUAAUAAUCUUUCUCAAGUCAGAUUCAGAAAAAAACUGUAAACCAAUUUUGCUGUAUUUUUUGUUAAAUGUAAACAAGUACAAGCUGUUUUAUUUUUGUUUAUUAAAUACUGAGCUGCGUUA